AUGGCUUCAAAGCGCAAUUCACGACUAUUUGUCGACGAACCUAUACAUACCAAGGAAGGUCAACAGACACCCAACGGCACUCAAUUCCGUUCAAGACAGGGUUCUCGCAGCUCUAGCAGAGACGACAUGCUACAAGAAGUCGACGCGGCCCUAUUGAAUGGUCGCGAUACCAACCGUUCCCAGGGUUUUGCUGCUGUCAAUAUGGAACCCUCUUUGUCGGCUUCCUCAUCCAGAACCAGUGACUCAAGUGCCUCAUCUAUAUCGGCCUAUCCGCCGCCAUCAUCCGAGUAUAUUGCACCUCUAAAUGGACGGCCGCAUAACUUUGGUAUUGUCGUUCCUGGUGUCUACCGAAGCAGCUUCCCCCGAUCACACGACUUUGAGUACAUCAAGGGUCUGGGUCUCAAGACAAUUGUCACUCUCGUCAAGAAGGAAGAUCUUGAUCACGAUCUCGAAACAUUUGUCAGCCGUGAGGGCAUCCGACAAGUCGUUUUCAACAUGAAGGGCACUAAGAAGGAAGCCAUUCCCCUGAGCACCAUGAAGGCUAUCCUCAGCAUCGUUCUCGACAAGUCAAAUUACCCCCUUCUAAUUCACUGCAACCACGGAAAGCACCGAACGGGAUGUGUCGUUGGAAUUGUCCGCAAGGUCGCCGGUUGGGAUGCCGAGAGCGUUGUGGCAGAGUACAAGAGCUAUGCCGAACCCAAGGCUCGCGAAGUCGACGUCACCUACCUUGAUGACUUCCAGGUCUCAAGUCUGGUUAUCUCUAACACCAAUGCGCCGAAGGACAUAUGCACCAAGUGUGGCCGCAUGCAACCGCGCACCUUCUUUCGAGCCGUCAUCUUCUCCACCUGUGUAUUGUUGCUGUGGUUCUUGUCCGGAUCGAGGAUCAGCACAGCUACAAGACCUGACCAUCUUCUCCUUUGA